GCAACGAGCUGGAGGACACCGCAAGAAACAGCAUCCCGACACACAUCUAGCAGCUAUGGGUCGUGUCAUUCGUGCCCAGCGUAAAUCUGGCGGCAUCUUCAAGUCCCACACCAGGCUCCGAAAGGGUGUGGCCCAAUUCCGCACACUCGACUACGGAGAGCGAUCCGGAUACCUGCGUGGUAUCGUCAAAGACAUCCUCCACGACCCAGGACGAGGUGCUCCUCUCGCCCGGGUUGUCUUCCGCGACCCUUACAAGUACAAGCUUCACACAGAGACAUUCAUCGCCAACGAGGGCAUGUACACUGGCCAAUUCAUCUACGCAGGAAAGAAGGCAUCUCUCUCCGUGGGCAACGUCCUUCCUCUAUCUGCCAUGCCUGAAGGUUCCAUCUGCACCAAUGUCGAAGAAAAGACUGGUGACCGUGGAGCGCUCGGCCGUACAUCAGGAAACUAUGUGAUUGUUGUUGGUCACGACCUCGACACUGGCAAGACACGUCUCAAGCUCCCAUCCGGCGCAAAGAAGAUUGUUCCCUCUGCUGCUCGUGGCAUGAUUGGUGUUGUUGCCGGUGGUGCUCGUGUCGACAAGCCCCUCCUCAAGGCCGGUCGUGCCUUCCACAAAUUCAAGGUCAAGCGAAACUCGUGGCCACGUACUCGUGGUGUUGCCAUGAACCCCGUUGAUCACCCUCACGGUGGUGGUAACCACCAACAUAUCGGAAAGGCCUCAACAAUGGCUCGUUCGUCCGUUCCUGGUCAGAAGGUCGGUUUGAUCGCUGCUCGCAGGACUGGUCUGAUUCGUGGAUCAAAGAGAGACAACGAGAUCUAAACAGAAUUGCAUUAAGGAACAUAGCACUCACUACUGUAUCCUACGGA